AUGUUCCCAGUAAUAUCCAGCUAUUGCCCUUGGUGGGGUGGACAAAGGAGAUUCUGCCUGAAUCAACCAGUGCGGAGCAGACAGCUCCUGCAGCAUGUGCAUGUGAGGGUUGGGGACUGGGUUGAACUCAGCAGGGCCUUCACACAGAGGGACAUGGCUGCCUUUUCAGAAUAUGGAGAUGUCAUUCCUUUGCAUUUAAAUGAAGACUUUGAAACCAAGUUUGGAAAAACGAUUGUACAUGGAGUUUUGAUCAAUGGACUUACCUCAGCUCUCUUGGGUACUAAAAUGCCAGGACCAGGCUGUGUAUUUCUCUCCCAGGAAAUUAACUUUCCUGCUCCUUUAUAUAUUGGAGAAGUGGCUUUAGCUUCUGCAGAAGUGAAAAARCCGAAGUGGUUUGUUGCUUUUAUUGCCAUGUCUUAUUGUGUAAUAGAAAGUAAAGAGACUGUUAUGUGAGGCUGGGUCAAGGUCAUGGUUCCAGAAGCUCCCAAAUCCUAA